AUGGACAAACCCUUUUCUCGCGACUACCACCCCGUCCCCAAAGCGGAUGCUGAUGGCGACAGCGAUGCCACCAUCACAAACAGAUCUCCCCGACGGGGCUUGCAGCAAUUUAUGAAACGAAACCUCACCACAAUCACCAUCACUGGUCUGCUCAUGGUCCUGCUACUCCUAUUGAUGGCCGUAAUCACGGCCAUCGCAGUGGAACCAUUCCGCAAGAUCCUUGUCGUUAAAGGGCCAGCCUCUGACUCCCUAGCAUACCCAGAAUCACUCGAAGGCAAACGACAGUGCCUGCCACCAACUCCACGAGUAAGAUAUUCGUGCGGGAACUCAACCAAGGAGGCCGAAGCCCUCGGCUGCGCCUACGAUCCUCUUGCUGGCUGUUGGUUACACAAAGAAUGUCCACAUGACUUCACGAAGGAGUUUGCGCACUUCAACAAGGGCAAGCCGUUUGUUUAUUUCUACGAUGAGGCUGCCACACAGCAGAUGAAGGAUUACACUGAGCUCGGUAAUAACCCGGACUUUUAUUGGACUGCUGUCCGUGAGCAUCUGGUCCAUUGUCUGUAUCUCCUUCGACGAGGCCAUGAUGUCCACAUGCGUGGUGAUCGUCUGGAUAAUAUGCUUAGCGAUCUAGAACAUGUUGAUCAUUGUACCAACAUGCUGGCUAAUUGGUUGCGGAGACCAGAUCCCGCAUUGGAAAAGAUAGGCACACAGGGGCAGACCCAUUGCUUUAUGUCUUGCGCUUGA